GAGUAGACAAGAUCGCUCUUUUUUCUCGGUAGGUGCUGUUUCAUUUUACUGAGUCAAAUAUUUCAUAUUAAUUGCAUCCCUCUUUGCAUUACAUUUGUUUACUUCAUAUUCUUAAUAUAUAUGUUGUUCUCUAAUAGUUUUUGUGGGUGUGUUAAGUUGCUUGGUAACCUGUAACAUUAUUUUUGGUCAAACAUUGUAAUAAGAUCUAAGAACAGUUUAGUGGAUCAAGAGUACUAAAUUAUAUUAAACGCACCAUAACAGCUGCAUAGAUGUAUUUACAUGAAUUAAGUCCAGGUUUCAUUCCUCUUCAAGCCUAAAUUCUGGUCAAUUAGGAUAUUCUAACCUCAUAUUGAAUACAGUUUCUUUGAAUCUCAAAAGCAGUAAUGUCUUAGAAUGUAACUUCCUAUACUUGGCGGUUUCUCUAUCACUAAAUGGAGCAGUUGUUUUUCUGUAAGGUGACAGGCCCUCUUGGGAUGCAGGGACAGACGUCCUAACAACCGGUCUCAUAUGAUGUCAUGGGGGGGGGGGGAAUAAUAUUUUUGAUCCCUUACACGUUUCAGAUCUGCAAGUCUGCACGAACGUGAUGUAACAGUUUCAGUUGUGUCCCAAGUUCAACCAUGUCCGUGCAGCCCAUGUCCGUGGUCACCUUCCAGUCCGGCACGUUCCGGGGCCCAGACCUCAAGACUGAAAUGUGGUCCAGCGGAAUGUUUGACUGCUGUCAAGACACCCAGACCUGUUGUCUAGGGUUCUGGUGUCCGUGCUGCCUGGCGUGUCAGGUGACCUCAGGCCUCGGGGAGAGUCACUGUCUCCCCCUGCUGGACUGGAUCAGUGGUGGAAUGAUCCCUCCUAUAUCUCUGGCCCUCAGGAGCACCUUGAGGGAGAGGUACCGCAUACAGGGCAGUAUCGCUGACGACUGCUGCAUGGUCACCUGCUGCUCCAGCUGCAGCUGGUGUCAGAUGGCCCGUGAGCUGAAGGCUCGUCGCAGCCCCACCCAGGUCAACGUCACCCCCACUGCCCCCCCUGGCAUCGUGCAGGUCACACUGCACCCCUCCCAACCCAUCUACGCCUUGCAAGCCACACCUAUGGCUGGACUAUACCAUCCUAUGGCUUGAUGACAUGGACCAAAAUGAUGGUUUAAACUGUCAAAAUCUAGUCACUGAUUUUAGAUAAAUGGAUUGCCUGUUGGUUUUAGACUUGUGUUAUCCAUUGUAUUGGGCUUUUAUACUAGUUAUAUCACUAACACUAAGCCCCUAUGCCUAAGGCCUGGAAUGUUUUGUUUUGACAAAACAUGUUAAUAUUUUUGUCUGUUGUUGUCAGUCCUCUGUGACUGAUUAAAAAAAACUGUUACUCUAAAA